GCCCUCAAGUGUGCAUCAGUCCAGGAGGAAACCAGCAAAGCCCCUCAGCCUGUCUCCGAGUGGGCUGAAAGUGUCUUUGAUGGGUGUUUAGCCAUAGGGUCUUCCCACCCCACUGUUACAGGGGAGCUGGAGAACCUGAGCUUCAGGAGCAGCCUCGGAGAGUCCAUCUCUGAACACAUUAGUAGAGCAGAGGAGCCUAAGACGGACACAUCGAGCCCCCAUGAGGGACGGCCUCCGGAGGGAGCGGACUCUGCCUUGGCUGCUAAAAUCAGCUCAGCCAAGAACUCCUCAAGGAUCCGCUAUGAGAUAAUGAUCACAAUGACCAAGGAGGAGGAGGAGGACGAGAGGGCUGCAGCAGACCUCACAGCCGGCUGUGCUGAGAGAGGCAUGCCAUGUCACCCACCUGGGCAGGGAACACUUUCUCUGGGGGUUGCUGAGUUAGAAGAAAGAGACAAGCGACGUCACCAGGAACCAGCCAGACCGGUUCCUCAGCUGUCAGCGAGCAAGGAAUUCCAAAACUGCAGAGGGCUGCGCGGGGUGGGAACCUGUAAGGCACGCAGGCCGAUAUUGACUCCUGCCAGUGAGAGCUCAGCAGCACUGCAGUGGGGAUUGAAGGCCAGCCCAGGGGAGGGUGAGGAGGGCCAGAGCGAGACUGAUCGGCGGCAUUCAAGGGAUGAUGCGCUGGUGGAAGGGACAGGCAUCGUAGCAGCAGGAUCCCCGGCCAACAGCUUUUCUGAAUCAAGUGGAAUCUCUCUGGCAGCUGGCAGCAAGGAAUCCCAACCUAUAGGAGCCUUUGACAUUGGAAGAGGCCUCUUUCAUGCUCAGCACAGCAUGGAGAAGGUCAUCAGUAACUCACGCUCCUCUCAGAGCAGGUCAGAAGGAUCCGCUGUGAGCACCUCGUUCAGAUGGAAGAAAUCGGCCCCUGAUCUGCUGAAGGAAGAGCCCAAACCUCCCUUGGGCAAAGUUUUAGCUAUGACACAGAUGAUAGAGAGAGGAGGUGCCAGAACCAGAACCAGAACCAGAGGCAACAGCCCUUCAAGAGUGUCCAUGUUGCUUGAGGCCUGGGAGAAGGGCCUUGUGGGCACGGAUGCCGCUGGCCCAUCUUCCUCAGCAGACAUCAGGCACUCCCAUUCCUCUCUGCCCACCAGGCGCGUCCUUUCAUCCAAAGACGCUCCCCGCCCUCUUUUCCCAGAAAAUACUGGGCUUUCUCUUUCUCCAGCAAGUAUCAGGCGAUCCCUUUCCCCAUCAGACAGGCAGCGGUCCGUUUUUCUGGCAGAGACCAGGCAAUCCCAUUCUCCAGCACAUACCAAGCGGUCUCUUUCACCAGCAGAGACCAGGCACUGUUUCUCCCCAGCAGAGACCAGGCACUGUUUCUCCCCAGCAGAGACCAGGCGGUCCCGUUCUCCAGCAGAGACCAGGUGCUCCUUCUCCCCAGUAGAGACCAGGCGCUCCUUCUCCCCAGCGGAGACCAGGCGCUCCUUCUCCCCAGCAGAGGCCAGGCGGUCCCGUUCUCCAGCAGAGACCAGGUGCUCCUUCUCCCCAGCAGAGACCAGGCGGUCCCGUUCCCCAGCAGAGACCAGGCGCUCCUUCUCCCCAGCGGAGACCAGGCACUCCUUCUCCCCAGCAGAGACCAGGCGGUCCCGUUCUCUAGGAGAGACCAGGCGCUCCUUCUCCCCAGCAGAGACCAGGCGGUCCCGUUCUCCAGCAGAUAUCAAGCGGUCUCCUUCACCAGCAAGUACCUGGCACUCCUUCUCCACAGCAGAGAUCAGGCACUCUUUCUCCCCAGUAGAGACCAGGCGGUGCCAUUCUCUAGCAAAGAACUCUCCUCCAGCAGAUUCCAGGCACUCCUUCUCUGCAGUAGAGAUGAGGCGGCCCCAUUCCCCGGCAAGUAACAAGCCCCCUUGCUUUCAGGCAGAUCCCCAGUGUUCAUCUUUUUCAACAGGCUCGCAGCACUCAUCUUCUUCCAUAGAGAGCUGCCUCUCAUCUUUCUCAGCAGAUGAUCAUGGUUCACCUUCCCCAGUAAAUAUACAACACUCAUCUUCUUUACCAGUUGACAAAUGCCCAUAUUCUGUGGCAGAUAUCAGGCGCUUAUAUUGCUCAGCAGACACCGGGUGCCCAUCUUCCCCGACAAACACCAAGCAUCCAAUUUCUUCGGCAGAACCCAGGCGUCCAUCUUCCCCAGCAGACACCAAACACCCAUCAUCCUCAGCAGAACCCAGGCACCCAUUUCCUUUCCCUGAGAACAGGCUCUCCUCUUCCCCAGCAGACACCAGGCAUUCCUCUCCCCCCACAGAUUCUAGAAGCUUCUCUCCCACUUCAGAUGAGAGGUGCUCCCAUUCCCUCAGCCCACAGAAAGGCUUUACAGCUCACGGGCCUGUGUUCGCUCAGGUAUAUUCCCCAGUUUCAAAGUCAAAGAGCCUGGGAGGAACACAGAUGCCAGAUGCUGAUAGCACCGCAGUAGCUGGAUCCCAGGAAGAACAUAGCUGCAGUGAUGCCACUAACACUCCUCUGGCCACUGAACUUCAGACAGCAAGCCACAUCUCAAGCCCAGAUGGAUCCCAGAAGGACAAUCCCCCUCCUGUUCCCAUCAGCACCAGGGCAAUAGAAUCCCAGAGAGAGAGCCACAUGUCAAAUGGUGCUGUCUCCGAUACAGUUGCUGGAUCCCUGAGGGAAAGUGAUCAGCCUAUUGCCAUCAUACUUCGAUCCCAAACAGAAAACUACCAGUCGCAAUCUGUCAGCCCCAGUUUGUUCUGUGGGUCCCCGGAAGGAAAUUGCACUCCCAGUGCCACAAGUGUCAACCCUUCUAGUGAGCCCUGUGUGCUAAGUCCCUUCCCUCGUGCUGUUAGCUCCAGCACUGUAGCUAAAUCUCAAACGGAGUGGUACGUCCCCAAGAGUGACAGCAGGGCUGUCUUUAAAUCUGGAAGGCAAGUCAUCAUACCCCAAGCUGGAACCACCACCGUCUACAGAGCAGGGCAAGGAAUUUCCAUGUCCAGUUCUGAAGCAGAGGGCCCAAGCAAUGCCCAGCAAGGGAGGUCCCUCGUAUUGAACUCAGGCAGCAACCUGCCACCAGAAGAGAACUGUCAAUCCCAGAGUGAUCUCCCUGAUGGCGAGUCCCCAAAAGGGAGCCCAGCGUCCUUGCCUGAUGGUGCUUGCAACUGCUCCACAGCAGGAUCAGAGCAGGAAAGCUGCAUGACUCAAUCCAGAAAUGCCAGUGCGAGCGAUGCCCAAAGGCAAAGGUGCAAGCGUUUGCCAAACCCUGCACUCACAUCAAACGGAGAUGCUACCACGCUGUGGGAGAGAGUCUCUCCUUUUAGCACAUCCAAGAAAGGCUGUAACCCACACACCGUGCCUCUAUUCCAGAGGCACAGCAACCUGUUCACAGCAAGCAGAUCCGAAAGGAAACAAAGCAUACCUGAUCUAGGUGGCCCUAUAGCAAAUAGGUCAGAACAGGAGACUGCAGGGGAAACCAGAGUGUUUGGAACCUCCACUGGAUCCACGGAAACUGCUCCAAGUGACCAGACAGCCACUGAGCUUAGUGAAAAACAGAGCAAUCCAAUAAAGGAUGCCCCAGUAUUGACACUGGAAUCAACCAUUCCCCUUACGGAGAUGAACUCCUCCCCUGAACUUCUGAGCCAGAAAACAGGAAGCAGCAGCAGGAUGGCAGAAGAGGAACCUGAGGAAGUUGUGGACAUGGAGCUUUUCGUAGAUACCCUCCGUAACAUGGAGCCUCCUGAGCUCCGUAAGCCCUUGAAACUCCUCCCGAGGCCUCUGCUUCCGUCCACGUUCACAAAGCACACACCCCUCCCUCCUAUUCAUGAGGACCAUAUUUCUCCCAAGUCAAAGCUUCCUCUCCCGGCAGCUCAAGGUGAGCUGUUUGCUUUCACCGAAGAGGGGACUGCACAGGGAGCAAAAGACGCCCAGGAGGAGGACGCAGGGCUUGCAGAAGCAGAAGUGGAGGAGAUAGAGAACCCGUAUCCCAGCAAGGAAGAAAGGUUGCAGGAGAACAGCCAGACCAGAGAAUCUUUCCCUUGGGAAAACAAGACGUUCAAGACCGAGGAAGAGAUUGGAUCUUUCCUGGGAAAGCUGCAGCAAGGCCCUGUGGUCCCCACAGCCCAAAUCAUUGCUCCUGAAGCUAUUGCCAAUUAUAGCAACUUAAUCAGAGCCAACAUUCUCAAAGGGCUGUCUCUGCUGUCUGGCUUCUCAGAGAAGCAGGCUGUGGAAAAUAAGCCUUAUUCUCGUUUAGACAACAGCCUCCUCUACAGCAAGUUCAUCUCCCCGGAGAAGUCUCAACUCAAAGCCUCAGAGAAAAGGAAAGAAGAGGGAUGCUCACACACACUCCUGUUCUCAGCUGUCCAAAAAGUCAACAGGGAGUGCCAGACAUCUCCAAAUGGGCUUGAGAUGAAGACGUUUGAGCAUCUGAGUUCUGAGUUGCUGCGGUCUGGGCUCCACGCUGAUCCUGUCUCCUGGGUGCCAGGUGCAAACAGUAACUCCAGCCGGGUUCCUCUUCUGUCCAGAGAAGCAGACUCUCUUCCUCAGUCAGAAACUCAGCAAGAGGAAAAGAAGCUUUCAGAGAAGGUCAAUGUGCGACCCGGGAAGAUUGUUCUGUACUUUGAGUCAGGCUUUGGGGGCCAGAAGAGAGAAAUCUGGGGUGAUAUCAUUGAUGCCACAUCCUGGGAGCUCUCCCACACCAUCUCCAUCCGAGUGGUCCGUGGAGGCUGGGUGAUAUACGAGAAGCCGCGGUUCCAGGGGCGGAAGUGUGUUCUGGCAGAAGGGGAUGUGGAGAUCAGCAACCCUUGGAGAACAUCCCACAAAGAAGGGGCAGCAGUCGAGAAUGGUCCGUUCCAUAUUGGUUCACUCAAGAGGGUCGUGCAGGAUUACAAGAUCCCAGAGAUCAGUUUGUUUACUGAGGAGAAUGGAGAAGGCAUAAAAUGGAAGUUCACAGAUUCCUCGGAGGACACACAGAUCCACAGCCUGCCAUUGAAGGCAGCUUCUAUCAUUGUACACUCUGGCCUGUGGCUUGUUUACUCAAAACCAUUCUUUGACGAUGACCCUUAUGUCUUAGAACCUGGUGGGUAUCCCACUUUGCAAGCCUGGGGAGCAAAGGAUCCCACCAUCUGCUCUAUGCAUCCAAUUAAGAUGGGUUGCCCUGUUGUAGAAAAGCCUGGAGAGCCUAAGGCUCUAAUCUAUGAGCAGCCACAUUUCCAGGGCCAUAGCUGGGAAGUAAGUCGAGACAUUUACAACUUGAAGAAGCCAGAAAACAACCAGGACUCCAAGAUGUCUACUGCAGGCUCUCUGAAAAUUGCGGGAGGCUGUUGGAUUGGUUAUGAGAAGGAAGGUUUCCGUGGGCACCAGUACCUGCUGGAAGAAGGAGAGUACUAUGACUGGACGCAGUGGGGGGGCUACAAUGAAGAUCUCGUGUCACUUCGGCUGAUCCGGACAGACUUCUUGGACCCAGCCCUUGUGCUGUUUGAGGCCAUGGACUUUGAAGAGGGCCCCAGCGUUGAGCUCAGCGAAGCACUGCCGGAUGUUGAGUUGGCCUGCUAUGGGACCACGACGCAAUCCAUCCAUGUCCUGAGUGGAGUGUGGGUGGCUUAUGAAGGCAAGAAUUACUCAGGGGAACAGUAUAUCCUGGAGAAAGGAGUGUACCGCAGCUGUGAAGACUGGGGAGCAAGCAACUGCCAGAUCUCUUCGGUACAACCUAUCCUACAGGUUGGUGAACACAGUCUACACUUUGUAUCACAGAUCCAACUCUUCUCAGAUCCAGACUUUUUGGGGAAUUCUGUCUCUUUCAAGGAGGACCAAGCCUCACUUCCAGAGAACUUCAUCCCACGCUCCUGUAGGGUCAAUGGAGGCAGCUGGAUUCUGUUUGACUGCCCCCAAUUUGAUGGAGACCAGCACAUUCUCUCUGAAGGCGAGUAUCCAACACUGACCUCCAUGGGUUGCCUCUUCACCACGGCCAUCCGCUCACUGAAGAAAGUCCCCAUUUUCUUCUCUGAGCCCUCCAUCUUCCUUCACGGACUGGAGUGUUUCGAAGGGAAGGAGAUUGAGCUGAACAGUGAAGUGCGCAGCCUGCAGGCUGAGGGAUUCAACAACCAUGUCCUCUCUGUGCGGGUAAAGGGUGGAAUUUGGGUGCUGUGUGAACACAGCGACUUCCGAGGCCGCCAGUGGCUCCUGGACUGUAUAGAGAUCACCAACUGGCUGACGUACAGCGGGCUUCAGCACGUUGGCUCCCUUUACCCCAUUAGGCAGAGACGGAUUUACUUCCGCUUGAAAAAUGAAGAGUUGAAGUCCUUCCUGUCUGUCCCAGAUGAUGCUGAAGACAUGAAAGCUGGGCGUGUUCUGGUCUCAGAGCUCAACGACAAGAGCAGCUCCAUCUGGUACUAUGAAGAGGGGCUUAUGAAGAACCAGGUUGCACCCAACAUGAGCUUGCAAGUGAUUGGUCCAGCUGGGAAGGGGUCCAAGGUGGUGUUGUGGUCUGAGAGCCGAAUGCCCUGUCAGACUUGGCGAGUCGAUUCCUUGGGGAGGAUCUGCAGUCAGAUGUUUGAACACAAGGUCCUAGAUGUGAAAGGAGGUCGAACCUACGACCGGGACCAUGCCAUCCUCUGGGAUUCGUCAGAAGCAAGACCUACACAGAUCUGGGCUGUCCAGGUACUCUGAAGAAAGCAGAAACAGAAGGGCCAUGCCAUGUGUGGAACCAGAAUUUACCUUGGAAGUCAUUGAUGUACGUCCUUUUGUGACCAUGCUGCAUCUUUGGGGCUUAGCUACUGAAAAUGAUAUGGGUUUGGAUAGCAGAAGCAAUCCUUUCCCCACAGAUCGCAGCCCAGGAAGACACAGUGUUUCUGUGCCGCCUGGAGAUCGGUUCUUUCAUUCCCCUUUGUAAUUCCUGGGACAGGCCUGUGUAUGGGAAAGGGGCAAAAGCUGCCGCUUGUCCGGCCUCCUGGAGCUAAGCCCAACAGGAUGGAGAUCACUGAAGAGUUCUGAGAUGUGAAUCAUCCAUGGAUGGACAAGGCUGAGCAGCUCACCUGCAUGAACACAAGAAAGCAAGUGGUCAAAGGCUUGCAGAUGUCCCAAGCUGUGCUGACUUAGGCUUUUAAAAGAAUAUCAGAAAUGAGCACAUAUGCACACAAACACGCUUGACCCUGUCUCUCUUCUAAGGGGAUGAGCUACCUUGAAAACUCUUAUUUAUGUACUUAUGUAUGAUAGGAUGCCUUUUAUAAAUCCAUCUUUC